AUGACAGACACUUUCGUUGGAAAUCGAGAUGGUGUUUAUGAUCGAACCUCUCCACUAGAGAUGACCCAAGUGUACCCACAGCCCGUGCAACCUGCAACCGAAAUACAGCUCCCAGAUAUCGACGAUAUCUCGCACAUUACGCUUCAUCAGGUAAAAAAUAUGCAUUUGAAAUUUAACUCUCUUCUUGUUUAAUUAAUCUCAUGCAAACAAGCUGUGUUCCAAAAACGUGAAUUGACUGAAUUUAAAGCUUUCCAUGACGGAAAAGAAAUACGUCCUUCGUUCUUAGCACUGAUCAUUUUCGAGAUAAAAGGUUCUUCAACAUAAUGAGUUACCUUAGUACAUUUUUGUUCAACUGUUUUUUUGAUGGUCGAUUUCAUGAUUUACGCUAUUAGCAAACAAGGGAUUAUACCUCAAACAAACCUGACGAGCAAUAAGAUUUGACCUCUUUUAAAUAGGUUUCCAAACUUUUUUCUCGAAGCGUAAUCUCAUGCUGAAUGAAAAUCAGGUGAUCUACGAGCGGCUCGUAUUUUUGUUUAAAUUGUUCUCAGACGAAAAAAGAAUGUAAACACAAUAAUUGUAGUACAUCACUUCAAUAAAUAGAGGAUAUUACAUGGCCGCUUGAGGAUACGAAUUUUAUCUUCUCGUGCUGAAAGUAGACUUGUAUACUUCUCUGUAUGAGAGAUACUUUCAGCACGAGAAGAUAAAAUUCGUAUCCCCAAGCGGUCAUGUAAUGUUCUGUUUAUGUUAUAGAUACUGAUGAAAUUCCUACAUAAAAGACAACUUUUUUUUGUAUUCAUCUUUGAAACAGCAAAAUAGUGCAAUUAAAGUGGUCACCUAUCGCUCUUAAAAAGUAUCGAUGUGAAAAUUUGGCAGCUUAUCGAGAAAGUCACCGGUAACUGUACUGUCUUCGCACCUCGAAGCCAUUUUGUGAAUGAAAUUUCAAAAAAACCGGCCGCGUGCCUGAACGGGAAGCUCUCUUGUAAUUGGCUAAUCAUGUUAGUAACUACGGCGACACCGAUAUCCUCUCACGUGAAAGAUAAAAAUAGUAUCUUCCGCCUGCGCGCGAUGAAGAUUUUAUUUUUUUAGUAAAAGGAAAAGUCGUGGUAUUUCAUCAGUAUCUAUAUAAUAAAAACUCUUUAACAUACCAAGCCGCAGUGUGUAAUAUUCCGUUCAGCACGUGUGAAGCAUCUUACCUAAUUUUACUUCUCAAUUUUUUCCUCCAAGUUCCUUGUUUUUGUUUUGUUCACUUAUACUGAUGAUAUAAUUAAAAUAAUAAUAAUAAUAAUAAUAAUAAUAAUAAUGCUAUCCAUUCACAGUAGAAAGUCUUGUAUUCAAAGCCAACUUGUAACAUUAAAAAAUUAGUAUUGAUUUAUCACGGCAUAGAUUAUUUCUUAUCACUUCUUGGGUAUAAUGGAACAUUUUCUUUUAGUUUUUUAUUUUCUUCUCAGAGUCGUUUUAAUCUUCAUCUAAAAUGACUCUGAGUCAGGUCCCAAAGAUGUUUAUGCCCGCGAAUAAACUCUAUUGUUUUAUUAACUAAAGACCAUUUUUUUAUUGACACCUCAGUUGUCAAGGCAACCUAGGUACUGCAUUUUUGCACUGACUAAAAUUACAUUCUACCGUUUUUUAAGGAUAACAGAUUAUUUGCUACUAUUUUUGCAAGACAAAAACAAUUGUCAGGAAGGAUGUUUUCUAAUACUAGUUGUAACCCUUCUGUGCUAUUUGGUAUUUGAUUCGUUUUAAAUAAUUGCCAAAUAUCACCUUGAACGUGAAAAUUUGUCUAUAUUUUGUAAAAGUGUAUAAUUGAUUAAUGCCUCCUAUGGUACUGAGAAGAAGAAAUGGUUUGAAAAUCAAGGUGUUUUUAGGUUGGCAAUUUUUCUUAUUAUCAAGACCGUAACUUUUGAGUUAGCAGCGACACUGUAAGGAGGAAGUGGAUGCUAGUCACUCAGAUAGCACUUUCGCCAAAUAAACUGGCCAUCCCACCACAUUCAAGUACCUUGUACACUGAUGCUAAAAGGCCUGAGUUAACAUACCAGUUAGGCAAAAAAACUAUUCAAUCUGAAGAAGGGAUGAAAACAUCCAAAUCUGUCCUAGGAAAGGAGGACUUGGUAUAUUUUAAGCUUAGUGGUUACAGUGAAAGAUGUGCUAUUUUGAUGAAUGAUACUGAAGACUUGAUUUGGGCCUAGGCUCUCCUUCUGAAGAGACAAUUGGGUGGGUGGACUUGCUAUAGCUGAUUUCAAAUAAGAAAGAGAUUUUUGCGUGAUGUGACUGAAAACAGUGUUCUACUAAUCAUGUGGUACAGUAUUAUAUUAUGCAAAAGUUGUCGACGAAAUUCCUAGCUAUUCAAGGAACUUUGGUCCGAAACGAAAUUUGCGCGACACUUCGACGAACUUUCGAAGCAGCUAUUGAUUGGUUUCAUCCGAAAUUUCGCGGAUAAAUUCAAUGGGAACCUUAGUGAGUCCCGAAAUUUCGAGGAUCUUUUCGGAGAAAAUUUGCACUUCAUUGUUAACGCAAACCCUAUAGCGCAAGAUGCCGUAACGCCACGACUUCAAAGGUCACGCAUCAGAAAUUAACUCAGAGUAAAUCCGGCAGAAAACUAUAGAAGCCAUAUUCCAGAAAGCUUUAAGUCAAACUAAGUAAUGAAACCGCACUAACCACUGCAAAACGAUGUAAAGCUCUUAACUUUAAAUUUCAACACGGAGAAAAGUGAGACAAGCGUGACUUGAUCGACCACGUGUGAAGGUGGGCUAACACACAUUUUCAUAGCCGGCGUUGAUUACGGUUAAAUUCAUUACGACAAAUUUUAAAAAGAGCAAGAACUAUUUCCAUUUCUAUUUCGAAAGAAUAAUUGACAAAAUUCGGCGAUUUUCGUUUGUAUAACUCUUGCACAGACCAGACCUCAAAUGUCCAUAUUGAGGAGGAAGUUAAAAAAUUGUUUCUGAGUAUGCCUCUCUUAGUCUGUCGCCCAACUUAAAUUCCUUAUCUCUCAUGCAAUGCUUGUUGCUACAGUGUCUAGAACAAAUUUGAAAAACACUUAAUGUGUGGAUAUCUGUAUGUCAAAGUUCUACAAGAAUUUUCAUUACCACUUUUAUUUAGUUUUCUUUUUCUUGUGUUCGUUAUUCUUAUGUGAAACGAAAGCAGUGCUCUCCUUUUGAGACAGUGACUAUUUCAAUUUAUCACAUGUACUACCUCUUAUUCCGUUUUAAAUCUCUUGGAGUUCUUGAAAGUUCGAACAACCUGUCAUACUUGAAAUAAGGGAGAACACUGAAAAAGAUAAAAGCCAAACUGUUUUAAAAAAUUUUAAGCCUUACAUUAGUUAAAGCUCAGCAGCGGGUACAAAAUCGAGCGGCAACUUUUUAGGGCCUUGCCUAAGCCUUACCUGUGAGUAGAAAGCAAGGAGCUAAAACAGAAGAUUGGAAUCAAAGAAUGAUUGAUAUUCCACAUUCACUUUUGCGCAAAAUUAUUAGAGUUAAUUUUAAUUAUUAUGAAUAGUGUGUUGUAUUCAUUUACAGGCUGCAAGAGAUGGUAAAACUAACAUCAUCACGCAAAGACUUACCAAACUUGCAUCAAAAAACCCAGCAAGAUAUAAAAAAGUAAUAAACAAGAGAGAUGAGGAUAACACCACACCUUUACACUAUGCUGUACGAUAUGGACAGGAGGAGGUUGUCAAAGUGUUGGUAGAGCUUGGAGCGGGUAAUUUUUAUUAAGUUUUCUACGUAUGGCAUGAGGACCAGCAAUUGAAAUUUGGAAAUUAUCAUGAGACUUAGAGAACUGCAGAAACUGAUAACUUUGAUGGAAUUUUAUUGUUUUCCAAAGAUAAAGGCCAUCAGGCAUGAGAAAACUUACCUGAAAAUGGCAACAGUGAUUAUUUUGGAGUUUUGAGGUUUCCUUGCUUGUUCUUAACUUUACUGUGAUUGGACAGCAUGUGUUGUGCUUACGUUUUUCACAGACCUAGGUCCAGUUGUAUAAAGGGCAGGUAAUGUUAUCCAAUGGGUAAAUUGCUAUUCAGCGAAUAAGUGAUGGCAAAAUGUAUGGUGUUAUCCACCAUUUAGAGAUUUAUCUUGUGGAUAGUAAUAUCCGACCUUCAAACAACAGGGACCUGAAGUAUACGCUUUGUAUGUUACUAAUGUAAGAAAGAGUUGUCUUACAUUCAUUUAGAAUAAUUGCUCCUUUGAUUAGAAAUGCACAUGCUCUAAGGAUUGUGUCAUAUCUUGUUAUUAUCACUUCAAGGUGAUUGUAGUAGGAGGGCUUUAUUUUGAAAUGGCUACCUCGCAUUUUGUCAGUAUCAUUGAGGAAUUCAUGAAUCCAACGAAGAAAAUUGAUUACUGACGAGCACAAAAGAUGCCAUUAAGUUUGGAGUAACGUUUUUCAAAAGAACAAUAUAAAGUUUUUGCUGAUUGAAUUAAAUUAAACAGGCGCUGUUAAAUAAAAAUGGAAAUUGGCUCUUUUUCUCAAGAAGGGUAAUUCGAACAACAGAAACGGAAUGGUUUCAUCAUCAGAAUAUUUAAAAAAGAAUUUGAAAGCCCCUAAGCAAUUAUAAUAGUUAAGAACAAUUAUUUGUAAAAGGCAAAAUGAUUUUUUUAGCAUUCCCAUGGACUUCAUCUUGAGAAUUAUUCAAUAAUAUUCACUUUGCCUCAGACAAAUAGUUUUUAAUUAAUUAAGGAGUGUAGGUCUUAAUCACCUUAGGACUUCCUUAUCUACAUGUAUGCCCCUGCUCUAACAAGUAGGUUCUCACCAUCCUAAUCUUAUCUUUUUGAUAGAUAUUAACAUCCCUGGAGAAGAUGGAGCAUCUCCCUUGCAUUACGCUGCAAGAUUCCGAGCAAACUUACAAGUGUCACAAGUGAAUGCUGGUGGCGAAAAUGGAACAGUUCCUGAUGGAGUAGUAGAAAGUAACAUAGGUGUUGUAGCUGCACCUCUGACACAUGCCAUCAGCUCCAGUAGUCUUCUUGUAGAAGUGAACCAAGCUAUGUCACAGGUCUGAAGAGUAUAUGUUGUAGUUGAUUCAAAUGAAUUUUGGAUAAAAUUUUUAUGAUGGACAGUGAGUGGUAAAUAUCUUGACAUGCAUGUACACCAUCAAUUUAAUAUGUUUUGUUAGUUAAUAAACCACACAACACAGGUGGAAGGGCACAGCCAAGAGGGGUUCUUGUGGUGCCGGUGAUCCCAAGGUAAGCCUUUAUCUGAGCAAACAACCUGCAAUAUCCAGGUGGCAAAAAUGCCAUGACGAUCUCUUGGCCACAAAAGCCAUUGUUGAAAAGCCCACGUUUUGAAAUAUGUUUUGUAUCAAAGUAUUUUCAUCAGUGACUCUUUUAUUUACUCAAUAUGGGCCUUCAUGCUAUGUUAAUAUGAGCCCACUGAAACACAAGGGGGCACUCAGCUUACUUGUUAAUAAACUUCAUGCUUAUGAAUAGGAUGAAAGAAAAAGAUUACCAAAGAAAUAACCCCUAAAAUUGAAUUUUCUAUUGUCUCUAUUGUCUAAAUAUUUCUAACUUAAAAUGAAAUGCAAUGGUACCACACUUACUGUAUGUUGCCUCCUUUGCAACCUUUGUUUGGUCCUGUCACACAACGCCCUCUAUUCCCCCUUUGAGAGAGAGCGGGCAUUGUGUGACGAGACCAAAUACUGGUUGGAAAAGAGAGAAAAUCCAAAUCCUCCAACAGAGAGAAAAUCAAAACUAUUCGUCUAUAGUUAGUUACCUCAAAAAUAUUAUUUCACGUAAUAUCAAUUACUACAUAAAGCAAACUGAAACUCUGUUGAAGCUCUAAUAGACCUUAGCCAAAGAUACAUUGCGAUCUCGCAUGGGUGAAGAUACAUUAAACAAAAGAAAAGGAAAAUAUUUCAAAGAGGGCUCCUUGAUUGGUUGUUGCCUAACUGAACUUUGCCCUCUAAGUGUGAAAUACGUGAUAAAAUGCAGGUUGUUUUACAAGGAAUUAACAUGCAAUUGGGUUAAGUCCAAGGUAAGCUUAAAGUGACUUUAAAUCAUAGAAAAAGUUAAACGUGGAAAUGCAUUGAAAACUCAAUAUCAGUAGCAUUUUGUUCCAUGUGAAUUUUUUCCAGUGGGGCUGGACAAUGCAGUUAGAAUAUGUGAUAAAAUGCAGGUUGUUUACAAGAAAAUGACGCGUGAUAGAGCGAAGUCCAAUGUGGCAAAAUGGAAUUUUAUUGGUGGAAUACAAUUCAAGCACAUGAAAAAUUACCUAAUGUUCAUGUAGUGCAAUGAUUGCAUAUGUUCUGAUUGGACUAAUGGACGUUGUUUUCAUGGUAUGUGAUAAAAUGUAAGUUGUUUGGCGUGUGCGUUGUGAGUAAAGAAUUUAAAUUUUACCUUUCAUAUCCUAAUGAAUCUUGACCUUAAUCAACGAGGCUCUCACGAAGGCCACAAUUACUAUUACACGUAUCCAAUGAGUCCAAAAUUUCUGGUUGAUGUCAUUCUUUGUGCACAUGACAUCAUUUAUGAGAAAACAAUACCCAAAUGCUGUGAUUGGUGCAUGAUAUUUAAAUGCAGCAGUCUGAUUGGUGAUAGCAACAUACCACUCUAUACGCAAACAUAGUUAUUUUAUAAUAAAAAAUAACUAAAAAAUUAUGCCCAAAUGCUGUGAUUGGUGCAAGAUAUUCAAAUACUAUGAUAUAUGAUUGGUGUGAGAUACAUACCUUAAUACAGCAAUCUGAUUGGUGAGAUCGAGAUACAAACCUUAAUGCAGCAAUCUGAUGGGUGCGAGAUACAUACCCUAUGACCAAGAUAGGAUACAUACCCUAUGCCCAAAUGCUGUGAUUGGUGCAAGAUACUCAAAUGCUAUGAUAUAUGAUUGGUGUGAGAUAAUAUCUUAAUACGGCAAUCUGAUUGGUGAUCAAGAUACAAACUCUAAUGCAGCGAUCUGAUGGGUGCGAGAUACAUACCCUAAUGCAGCGAUCUGAUAAGUGUGAGUAACAUACCACUUUAUACGCUGACAUAGAGUUAUUUUUUUAUGAAAAAAAAGAACUAAAAAAUCUAAAUCUUGAUAAUUGUGACUUUCAGGCAAGUUUGAAUAUAGAGUUGAAAUGAGUUUUAAAAAUUUGCGUAAUCAACACUGUCUCAAGUGCAACUGUGUUUAUGGAUGAGACAAAAUCUGACCAGUGGUCGGUGGUUCUUGGGCAAAAUAUUUUACUCUCACAGUGCCCCUUUUCAUCCAGUCUUGGGCAAAAGAUUUUACUCUCACAGUGCCUCUUUUAAUCCAGUCUUGGGCAAAAGAUUUUACUCUCACAGUGCCCCUUUUCACUCAGAAGUGUUAACGGUCAGGGCAGCCUGACGAAAUGCUGGGGGUGAUCUUGUGAUAUACUAACAUCCCAUCCAGAGGGGAGUAAUGAAACUUCUCAUUGCUUAAUGCUAAGGAAACUGGGAUAAGCUCAAGCAGGGUGAGCCAAUUGGCUCAAAUAAAGGUUUAACCAGUUUACUUAGUGUAAAAGGAGAAGCAAGGUUGUUGAAAGUACACUCACCCCUGAAAUGAACAAUCUUUUUCUCAGGAUAAGCACACCACUAUUAAAUACUGACAUAUUCAUCAAUUUUAACUAUUGUAUGUUGACUCUGGUAAUAGUAACUUAGAAAUUUGAUACUGAAAUGUUUUCUCUUCUUACAGAUUUCUUCAGUGGAUGAAUCUCUAAUUCAUUUUUUUGUGAAUGAACGCAAAGGGGAUGUCAAUAUUAAAGAUUCCUAUGGAAGCACCCCUCUUCAUUAUGCGGCAUCAAAAAGCAAUGUAACUGCUAUAAAAGAACUGUUGAAUAGUGAUGGGAUAAAUGUUGAUGUAAGUUUUUCUGGACAUGUUCAUGUAAAUGUUUUUUUAUGUUGUGUAACUUAAUAGACAAAUGUGGAAGAAGAUUACUUGGAUUUAGGGUUUUGGAAUUGAUCAGUUUUGACAGUCUAGGCCACUUGGCUUGUAAGACACAACCUCUGGUAAGCAUAAAGUUCUAUGUGACAGAAAGUUCUAAAUUAUUGUAUGUCUAUAUCUUACAUACUGACAGGCGGCAGAUGCCAGUGGAUCCACACCUCUUCAUUGUGCUGCUACUGAAGGUAAUGUAGAAAUUGUCAAGGCAUUACUGGAAGUAGGAUCUGAUCCGAGGGCAAAGGAUUAUGAGGGAAUGACACCAAUUCAUUUCGCCUGCACUUAUGGGAAUCUAGAGACUGUGGAACUUCUAUUUGAGCAUGCAGAAAGAAAGGGUGAUCUACUUGAGAUGUUAGAGGACAGAAACAGAGAAGGUGAAACAGCACUUCAUUCUGCAGUGGGAGGUGGUCACAUUAAAAUUGUUGAAAUGUGUUUGAAGAAAGGAGCAAAGGUGAAAGCAAGACGGGGUAACCUUGCACAGCCAUUACACAUUGCUGCCAUCAAUGGAUAUGUCAACAUUGCAGAAUUAUUGGUCGCUCAUAGGGCCAAGAUUGAAGCAAGGAAUGCAUACCAUGUGACUCCAUUACACAAAGCUGCUGCCUUUAAUAAGAUUGAGAUGGUGGCUUUUCUUCUUGAAAAGUAAGAUUAAGAAAGGUUAAUAGAUAUGUAAAGUAUAUAAACGUUUCAUAUUUCAUAUUAAAGUUCACACGGCAACCAGGUGGACAAUCAGACAUGGUUUGAUGCUACUCUGGUUUGCAGAUUUAAUGAAUGUAACCGAAGAAGUUACAAUUCAUAGACCCAAUGUCUCGACACUCCUGUCUAGUGCCUUCAUCAGGGGUGAUCUAAACGCUGCAACAGGAGGUCCUUUUAUAUGAUCACUAAUUAGCGGCCUUUUUUCUGACGAGGUGUAAAUAGGCGUCAGGAAGCAAACAGCCAUAAAGGAGCGUGGGCGGAGUUAAUAUGCCAAGCCUCCAAACAAAAGCGCUGGUGGUAACGCCGAUUAGUGGUGAUAAUUUUAGAAAUAUCCCAUCCAAUUGUAUGGUUAGUUAGGCAUGUGUGCUCCGAUAAAGCCGAAUUUUCCUUUUUGCAAAAGAAAACCGCUUUUUGAUGCUCUUUUAAACGUGUACCAAAUCGGAUACGCGGAAAUGAAGCGAAGCGCCUCCUGUCACAUUUGAAUUCAGUGGAGCCGUCGAUCCAAUUCACCCUUGAGCGUGAAAAGGAUAGAAGUUUGCCCUUUCUUGAUUUAAAUGUGUCCAGAGGGGUUCAGGGUAAUUUAGAGACAAGUGUCUACUGUAAACCUACCCACACCGACAAAUACCUCGCUUUCGAUUCUCACCACCCUAUUUGCCAUAAAAAGUCUGUAGCCAAAACUUUACUUAGGAGGGCUGACUGUCUACCAUCUUCACUCGAUUCGAAGGCUGAGGAGAGGAAAUAUGUUUCCAAUGACCCAAAGGCAAAUGGCUAUACGAAAACCUUUCUCCGUAACUGCCAAAAACCAGUUACAACCAGUAAUGCUCUUGAUGAAAGGGAACCAGCCACUGGUUUUGCUGUUAUUCCUUACAUUAAGGGUGUUACGGAAACCAUCAAGAGAAUUUUGAAUAGCCACAACGUUAAAGUUGCUCAAAAAACCUUUUCGGACUUUGGGGCAUAUUUUCGCUAAACCUAAGGAUCCUGUCACGAAAGAACAACGAACCGACGCCAUUUAUUCUAUUCCUUGCAAUGACUGUGAUAACGAAUACAUCGGACAGAUCAAACGUCAGUUUGGUACACGUUUAAAAGAGCAUCAAAAAGCGGUUUUCUUUUGCAAAAAGGAAAAUUCGGCUUUAUCGGAGCACACAUGCCUAACCAUACAAUUGGGUGGGAUAAUUCUAAAAUUAUCACCACUAAUCGGCGUUACCACCAGCGCCUUUGUUUGGAGGCUUGGCAUAUUAAAUCCGCCUACACUCCUUUAAAUCGUGACGAUGGCGGUUUGCUUCCUGACGCCUAUUUACACCUCGUCAGAGAAAAGGCCGCUAAUUAGUGAUCAUAUAAAAGGACCUCUUGUUGCAGCGUUUAGAUCACCCCUGAUGAAGGCACUAGACAGGAGUGUCGAAACGUUGGGUCUAUGAAUUGUAACUUCUUCGGUUACAUUCAUUAAAUCUGCAAACCAGAGAAGCAUCAAACCAUGUCUGUUUCAUAUUUCCUUGAUGAAAACUUUUCCAAACCAGUAAAUUGAUUUUGCUGUUUCUCAGAUCUAUUACCAUUACUUGUGACAUAGGAAAGAAACUUAAACUACAGUGUAGCCUGAAAGUUUUAAACUAAAGGAAAUUCUACAUCCAAACAUGCACAUCUUGAUAAUAAUCCCCUGGAGUAGUUAUAAUCAACAUGAUGAUUAAAAUUGGGUCAUUUAGAGAAAUUUUAGAUUUAUGUUUGGCUUAUAACUGCAUUGAAGGGUCACAGUGUCAUUAAUGGCACUAUACAAAAGGAGGCUAAUCUUUGCAGUGGGUCAGAAUUUGAGGUGGAGCACAUGUGUAAACAGAGACCUGUGCCUGCUGGACAUGGUAUAGCUUUAGUUAUCACAUUUUUGUCUAAUUGCACCAGGUUAAAUUACUUUAUUGAACAAUACAUGUACCAAAAGGUUUUUAGAAACCCAACUUAAAUGAGAACAAUUUAAAUCUUUCUCUUGGUACAGAGGUGCUGAUAUUGAUUGCCUUGACAAGGAUAACUACACUCCCUUGUUGGUUGCUGCAUCAGAAGGACAUACAGACGUUGUGUCAAAACUGUUACAUGAAGGUGCAGAUUUACAAGUAAAGGACAUCCAUGAUAAAACUGCUAUUUUUUUGGCUGCUGAGAAAAACAGAGUUAACACCUUAAAGGUAUGUUUUAUACAUUUUAUCGCAGCUUAGCAUGUUUAGCUUAAUUUAACUUUUAUUUCUUUAUCAAUAUUUUUCUGGUAGAUCGAAUCAGAGAAUCAAGCUUCACCAGGAUUAUAUAAUGUUUCUAAUGUUCAUGUUUUAUCAUUAGUUUUGCUGCAGCACUAAUAUUCUAUGGUCUGUAGCUUUGAACUUGUCAUCUGUCACAAAUUAAUGAAUUUUUUUCCUCAUUCUCAAUCUCCUCUCCUUUACUUAAUAUUUUUUGUUUACUGUUUUAAAAAGAAACAACACUAACCCUCUGAAUUGUGCCAUUGAUUGUUACAUUUUUUAACCGAGAGGUAUAUACAAUAACCGUGAAUAAUUUCACAACUUUUUGUUAGGUAAUCCUAGAGAACGAAAACGCCAAAUCUUUGAUCAAUGAGAGUGAUCAACAUGAAAACACUCCACUCCACGUUGCUGCUAUGAAUGGUUAUGCCUCUGUUGUUCAGGUGAGACUAAGUUCUGUGUGUAGCCAACACUAACUGACAUUUACUUACAUUUUUGAUCGAGUAGUUUAUCAUUUUUGUACUGUAUUUUUGAGAAAAGCCCUCUUGCUUGGGCUGCGUAGUCUCUGCUAAUUCAACUCUGUUUAGUGUAGACUACACAAGUGUACAUGUAGGUAAGAGUACAUUAUGUUUUUAGGUUGAUGUACAUGUAGGUGAUCGAGCUGUGACAUAGUUAUUAUUACCUUAAUUUUGAUUUUUUUUUUUAACUUUUUUAUGAUGACUCUUCACAACAUUGAAUAGGCAUUAUUGGAUAAUAAAGCAAAGAUAAAUGCAAGGAAUGAAGAUGAAGACACCCCUCUACAUCUAGCUGCAAAAAAUGGAAAAAUAAGGUAUACACACAGCAAUUUAAAAAAAAUUUCUUCCAUUUCGGUAGGUUUUGGUAGGAAUAUGUUUCUUUGGAUUAACUAUAUUUUGUUAUGCCUGUUUUAAAUACAAUUUUAUAAUUAUUGUUGUUAUUGAGGUUACUCUUUCAAGAGCAUCGAUUUUUCCACGGACAUUGUGGCACACAAUGUGAAACUUUUGUGGUUCAAGUAAAUAUAUUUGUUAUAUUAGGGAGUCUUUUGUGUUUUUUGUGUGCUGUAAAACCAAAACCAAAGUAACCACUUUGGCCAAUCAGAAGAAAAAAAAAAGCCUAAAAGAGCCAAUUAAGUUGAAAAAAAGCAAACUUCCUAAAGCGCGGGAAAACGUGAGUGAACAAGUCAUGAUUGGUUUUAGUUUUGCUUCUGAUUGGUUGACAGAGUGGCGCGAGGUUUCUGGAUCAAUCACGGAGUGAAGUGAGACAAAAUCAAUGCAAUGUUAGAUUACUUUUGACACUCAAUUGAAAAAAAUUGCUCUGAAUUAAAAUGAUAAUGAUCUUCCCUCUCCUAGGACUGUUCUCGAGCUGAUAAAUAGAGAUCGUAACGUUAUAAACGACCGAGAUGAAGCAUCAAACACAGCCCUUCACUUGGCAGCCAUAGAGGGUCACAUAAAGUGCUGCAACGCUCUGUUAGAAAAUGGAGCUGAAGUGGAUGCUAGGUGUGUAGAAAUACCAUGAGUCCAGAGGUUACCAGUCGUUUCGUGCCCAGAGUUGCUUGCGCCGAGAAAAAAUUUUCUUUUCUUUUUGUCAAGCUCACCUCGAUCAACUAAAACAUUUUUUCUUACUCGCCAAUUAUGGUUAGAGAGUUGGAGUACUCAGUGAGACUCACAACUCGGUAAGAGUUGUUGCCGCCCGCUUCUUUCUGAUAAACUUGCUUCAAACUAGAAUGAAAGAAUUUUUUAAAUACUCUUUGUUUGGAAAACUUUAUAGAUAUUUUAACAGUUUAAACUUCAAGAAAUUUGACCGGAAUACUGAAAGUGAGGCUAAAACCUUUGAUUUACAUCCUUAAGCAAGGUGACCCUUUUCAUUCUCUCCUUUUUAUUUACCGAAUAUAGUCACAUAAACAAGUGUUUUAUCUUCCUCAAGGAACGCCACAUUGUGGACGCCCCUGGAUUGUGCAGCAGCUAAAGGUCACUUAAAAGUAGCAAACAUCCUGUUGGACUCUGAUUCACCUGUCGAUCCUAUUGAUAAGAUCAAGGUAAAGGAUAAUGUUAAAACAAAGAAACAUUCUAAGCAACCAUUAAUCUUUUUGUCAAGUUUGUUUCUUAAGUUUUACAAAAAAAUAGAUUUCUUAAUUUUAUAUUCAAGGUCACCCUCUGACCUCUGAGAGUGACUAGCAUCUAAAUUCUCCUAACAAUAUUACCCCAUCAAUCACAUAGUUAGGUCAGAGAAUUAAGGAAAUGAUUACCAUCGAAAGAAGCUUUUGAUUGUUGAACAAAUUUUCCUUGUGAGCACCUUAGGAAAUGGAGAACAGUAUAGAGAAUAUUCAUACUGAUGUUAGACCAUGAAGGGUUGAACUGUUAAAAAUAACUAUGAUUUUCCUCAAGGAAGUGGAGUCCUUAUUGUAAUGACUUUAAAACUCUCAGCACCCCAUGAGGGUAAAAAGGCCACUUAAGAAUCUCUUUAUCGUUUUAGAAAAGUACUCAUUCAUUGCCCACGUACACUCUGCUUUAUGUGACUCGUGUUUCUUUUACAGACCACACCUUUACAUUUGGCCGCAAAAGAGGGCCAUGCUGAUAUGGUGACACUCCUGCUGUCCAAAGGUGCUGACAUUACACUAACAGACCUGAGUGGAAGAAACUGCCUCGACUUAGCAGCAGAUCACAGCCGCAAGUGAGAACCAAUGCUUUUUUAACUUAAUAAAAAUCAAAUGACAUGGGUUCGCACGCAGUCUCGUGUAUUUUUUUUCGCGCGCACAUUCUCACACAUUACGCGCGCUUGACGCGCAGAUAGGAGCUACUUUACUCGCAAGCGGCACUGUAUAUGUGAAGUGGCACACUCGGAUGCGCUUCGUGUGACGUUCUUUUCUUCUUACCACACUUUGACGUCAUCCGUGAUCUUUUACUUAACAGAAGCAUGGCGACAUGGAAUCAAUUUUUUUAAAGGGAUUAUGAGUUACGUAACCAUCAGACAGAAAGCUGCAAUGAAGCAUUAUAAUGUAAAUUCUGAAGAACUCCUGCAGCCGCUCAACUUGCCUUCCUGCUGAUGAUUUCGCGCCCAGCGUGGCCAUAGUUUGUCUAUGGUAAUUCAUGGCCAUUGAUCUAAUGUUUCUGUUGUUUUGUUAUUACAAAUGUACCUGUUUCCUUGUGUCCAACAGGGAAGCAGCCAUGGCCAUUGUCAACGAUGAAAAUUGGAUCGAUGUUCUAAAGAACAAAUCAUGGGAACAGAGUCACGUCACCACUUCAUUGAGAAAACUGAUCAUUAAACUUCCUUGUACGUCGACUCUUAAUCUUAUUCAGAUCUUUAAGCAGGGUGUAAACAAGCUACAAAAGAACGUUUUCUUUAUUUGCGUUCAGUUCGGUUCAGGACUUUCAAACCUUCUCAUGUUCUUCCUCUGAGCUCCCGCAGAGGCUCUUUGGUCGGUAAACCGAUGGAAUGUGCGACUUACUUGCAGUGCUGAAGAAAUCUUGACACUUGUGAUUUUGUGAAUGCUAACCUUGUUGAUAGUCGUUUAUGAGGAAUUUUGUAGUUUCGUUGAAAUAUUUUGAUUUGGUGUUUGCAAGGAAUACAAGUGAUGAAGGGUAGAUAAAUAUCAACGAUAUUUAUAAAUGUAAACAAAAAAGGAGUGUAUUACAAUUAAAGAAAUUCUUCUGAACUUUCCCUUUCUACACUCAGCUGUGGCAGAAGCAGUCUUCAACCGUUGUGUCAAAGAAAGUAACCACCAUGUCGAAGACAAGAAGUACGAGUUGACAUUUUACUAUGGGUUUUUAGAAGAUAUCUUCUUGGACUGGUCAGAUGGGGGCGAUGCAGCUUCGGAGAUGUCCAGUGUAGCGAGCUUUUUAAUAGAAGACGUCGAAGAGAAUGAGGAGUUUAGAAAGAUUCAAGGGUCAGCUGGUGUGGUUGAAGCUGUGACUCAGUUGGAGAAGAAGGAUAGUCAUCCUCUUAUGAUUAUGGUAAAUUUACGCCUUUCUGUGUUCUUUUAAAUGAGUUGUUUGUCUUCGUAUAGUAGUGCAAGACAUGGUUGGUGUGCAGCGGAAAGGAAGGAGGUUCAAUGAAAGGGGUAAGGAAGGGGUAGAAAGAGGGGACUGGGAGUUAUCCGGAGGAAGAAAGAAUAACCAACUAGAAAGCAUGUUUAUUCCCUAACGGCGUCGUUGAUAAUGCUUAGUUUGGCUCAAGAGGAAGCUUUUCUGUUGUGUGCAUGGACCAGUAAAGAAGAAAUGGCGGGAGUUAUAGGGAUGAAGGAAUAAUGCAAAGAAGCAAACAUUUUAGGGAUAAGGAAUGGAGGGAAGAAAGGAAAGAUGCACAAGUGGACUGGAUGGAUGGAUAAAGGAAGAAAGGAAGGAAGGAAGAAAGGAAGGAAGGAAAAGAGCAAGAAUUAAAGGGAGGCAGGGAGUCCGAGAGGGAGGGAAGGAGGGGUGGAAAGAAAAGAGUAGAAAGAAGGGAGGGGGAGGAAAAAAAGGAAGGGAAGGUUUUUUUAGUCCCUUUGAUUAAUCUGAUGACCUUAAAUUGUUAAUUUUAGGUGAAGAACAAACGUGAACAGUUGCUUGGCCAUCCUCUUGUCACGUUUCUGUUAGAUUACAAAUGGAAGACGUUUGGCAGGUACAUUUAUUACUUCAAGCUGGCCCUCUAUGGCUUGUUCCUGUUGUUUUUGACUGGUUACACUGUUUACAUGACUGAGCAUGGCCCAGUUUGUGCCAAUGAAACUGUUGUUGACAAAGGGACUGCGGACGAGAGCUCUGCUCGUUACAUCUUGUGGAUAAGCGUCGGGCGUAUAGUGAUACUGGCGCUAGCAUCGAUGCAUAUUCUUUCUGAGGUAGGAUACUUGUUACUGAUUGUUUAAAGCAGUAUUAGAAUUUUAAAGUAAGCAAAAUUGAUAAAUAGAAAUGUAAUUUAAGGUUCCUCAUUCCCCCUUCCCCCCCUCCUACGUAUGCCUCUAGUUGUAAUUUUCUAAUCCUCCUCGCGUCAAGCCUGUGGUCUCAAAUUGUCGAGCUAAAGUUCGUUUCUGUAAUGGUAAGUGGCACACUCCGUGCAUGAAACGUAAGAAAGCGAGGAUUUCUUGUUACUUAAGCCCCGUUCAAACAGUCAUGACAGUUGAUGAUAGUUUCAACUAUCACAUGCGUUUUAACACGAACAAUUAUCAACUAUUAUGUAGUUUGGGCAUGUUCAAAUUUUACAUGAUGAUAUUUAUUGCCGUUUGAACGAGCAGAUGAUAGUGAAUGAUUGUUUUUCCGUCAACAGUUUUGCCAAAAACGGGCUUAAACCGAUAUGGAAAAUGGUAAAAUGACUAAAGCAGCCGUAAAAAUUUCGCAGAAUGUCUCGUGGUUCAUUCUCAUCAUUUCCUGGUAGGCUUCAGUAUCUUCAACUCGCAACCUCAUGUCUAAAAUUUCAAAAUGUCACUGAAAUUGCUGACCUCAGCGCGCACCAUAUUUAUUCACAAUUACACGAUCUCUUGACUGAUUUUGUCAGCUAUCACCGACUAUCGUGAACCGUUUGAACGCCAACAUGUUAGUCAAUGAUAGUGAGUGAUAGUUGAAACUAUCAUCAAGAAUCAUGACCGUUUGAACGAGGCUUUAGUCUUAAAGCACGACGACUUUUGAAGUAAAGUGAAUCUUCAAUUUGUAGAUAAACGUAACUUGUGGGUUAAGGAAUUCUACGAAUGACACAACCAAAGGAAUAUUAUGCAAACAAAGAGUUACAGAAUAUCGAUGAAAGUAAAGAAAGUGAAAACAAAAGAAUUUAAUGAAAAUGCGACCAAGAGCAAAAAUGCCAAUUCUUAAUGACUAAAGUCAAAUAAUUUUGGCGGCAACCUUCCCUCUAUACUCUGUUGGCGAAGACUGUCCCCCCCCUGAGAACUAAGUGAUCCUCCCUCAAAUCCUCCACACCCCCCUCCUGGUGAUGAAUAGUGACAGGUCUCCUACAUAUCGAAAGUAGGUCAGUGAUGUAAAUAUAUUAGUUUUUUCUCUUUUUUUCUUUUGCAUCUUCUAAUUCGAUAUUCGUGGCCCCCUACAGUUGUUCCAACUCGUGUAUCAGCUCAGGCGGUAUUUCUCUUGGGAGAACCUUUUGGAGUGGGGUGUGUAUGCGCUAGCCGUUGUCAACGUAGCUGAUGAUUUUCAAGUGGAUUUAGUCAGGAGGUACGUGUCAGAGAUAAUCCAAGGUUGGGUGAAGUUUCAGAAUCACAUGUUGACAUGGUCUGCACUUAAAAACCCUGUUGUACUUUGUUAGUGAACGCUUUUUGAUUUCGUGUUGUAAAAUUGUAACUCAAGUGUUCUAACUUCUAGUGUCCAAAACCGAAAAAUGGACAGCAUUUCUCCCCCAACCCCCCCCCCCACCUCAAUUCUUGACUCGACGUGCUCAAACUUGCCAGUUUCUUUGCUUCACUUUGCAGCUGUUCGAAGGCGAAAAAAACCAUCGGAGCCUUAUCAAUCUUUCUAGCUUGGAUGGCUUUGGUGUUAUUUAUCAGAAAGUUUCCAAAGCUUGGUAUUUACGUGGUGAUGUUUACAAGCAUUCUCUACACAUUCACGAAAUUCUUCAUGAUCUUUGUGCUGUUCCUCGUCGCCUUUGCGCUUUCGUUUUUUACGCUGUUCUAUGAUCCUCAGGUGAGCUAGAUCUCUUCCAAAUCCACACAGAUACAUACAGGCGUUGGAGUGUGUCAUUUAACAGUAAUAACUUUUAAUCUUUCACAACAGUUAUAGAAGUUUUCGCACGCCCGUCGAUGUGUACUACAAUUUUCAACAGCGAUUUUCGGAUUUUGUGUUUCCGUCCGAUUCCAGACGGUUAAACCCUAAUUUGGACGGUUCGUACUCUUUUCGUACAUGUUUCGGACAGUUUGCAGUACAAGCUGGGCCGCUAGUCCUGCAAUAACCAGUAAGACUUAGUCUAAACCUGGUUUCCAAACACGGAAAUAAAAGCGUAGUUACUUCAUCCAAAACAAAAUGAAUUUUAUGUCAUUCAUCUAUGGACCUCAGGUACAUCAAAUCAUGAUACAAGAUUGUAAGGGAGGAAAUUACGUCAUUUUUAUGGUAGACACUUUCGUCAAUGAUAAGCUCGCGAGAAUUUCUUCAGUAACAGUGAAAUUAAGAAAAAAAUCCUUGUGCUUUGUACAGUCAACUGGGAAGCUCUUAGCCACUUCCUACGGUCUGUUUAUUAUUAUUUUUUGAACAGUGUAAUGAAGUAGUUGAGCAGGUCUCACUUUAUACAUUAAUGAAAGUUGUAAUUUAAGUUUUUUCGUUUUCUUUCCCCUUCGUUAUUUAUUAUUUCGUUCCUACUGAAUUGCGGCAAGGCUCAAACAUUCACUUAAGUUACGUCAAAAUGUUUAAUGUUCUAUUGGCGCAAUGAAGGAGUAUGCUCUGACAUAUUAAUUCUUAAGGAAUAAACAAUUUUUUCAGAAAAAUGCAAUAAACGUCUUACCCGAAAUUUUGAGUUUUCAUCAUGUAAAUCUGCCUUUAGGGGCUAAAAUCCUAUCUGGCUCAAAUAAAGCCACUUCGUGACAAGGACCCUCUUCCCUCACCUUCCAAAAUCAUUCAGUACUCACACAAAUUAUCCCUUGCACAGCAAAGCAUCCGUGCGUUUGGGGAGCCCGGCCGUGCUAUCGUGAAGACAGCAGUGAUGAUGAUUGGAGAGUUUGACUUCGACGACUUAUUCAACUCGCCAGACCAGGAUGUUCCUGAUGUCGCGUGGUUUAUUUUUAUUGUCUUCUUGAUUAUCAUGACUCUCAUCUUGAUGAACUUAUUGGUGAGUUUCCUCGUCUUCGUCUUGAUUAAUUCUGACCACUCUUGAUUAUACUCAGGGCUUGCUUGACAUGCCCAUUCUCCACUAGAACAGGGUGUAUCCUAGAAGUGUCAACUAAAUUACAACCGAAUCCUUUUUUAUUUUCACAAGAACAGUCUGUAUAACACGCGUGCGAUUCCACCAGGCCCAUACGCGCGCUUUAUUCGCUUCACUCUGAUUUAUUUAUAAAAGGGAUUUUUAACUUGGAAACGGCCUUUUAUCACGCAAAGUAUGAUGCUCUGUAGACUGAAUCAUCCUUCUGUAAAGCCUAAGUAUCCGCAUAACACGUCAAAUGAGAUCUUCGUCAACUUUGAGUAAUGUGGUUAGUUUUGUCUUGCUACAUUUACAAUUGUGAAAUAAGUAAAAAUUAAAAUUACAUCAUAUCACAGAUACCGUGUUGCCUUCAGUAUACGAUGGUCAACCUUAGUAAAGCUCAAUUUUGCAUCAUCGAUAGGACAAAACCAACUUAAAUUAAAUACUUGAUAUAUUAAUGCUGACGCUUCAGGGUAGAUGUUUUCAAAACCUGCGUUUGGCUGCGAGUAUGAUCUGUUUUGAUGAUUCUCUGUGUUAUUCUCUCCUAAGAUUGGUUUGGCUGUGGACGACAUCAAAGGUGUCCAGGACCAGGCUGUACUCGAGCGCCAAGCCAUGUUGGUACGGAUAAAGCCAGUAGCCUUAUAGAAACUCAAAUUCCUACACAGACCCCCCCGUAUACGCCCAGCUCCUUUCCUCUUCUCUCUUUCACGAGAACGGCUUGGGAUUGAUAUUAAGGAAUGUUCCAUCGAAAUGACGUUACUCUCACUUACCUAUAGUUUAUCUGUUUGAUGGUUACCUGGACGUAAAUCUUUAAAAAACUGAUUGACGGACUGAUUGUCUGUCUGACUGAUUAGCUGGCUGACUGACUGAUUGAUGGACGGACUGACUGAUUGAUGGACGGUCUAAAUGAUUGAGGGAUGGACUAACUGAAUGAUAAAUGGAUUGACUGAUUUAUGGACUGACCGACUGAUUGAGGGAUGGACUGACUAAUUGAUGGACGGACUGACUGAAUGACUGACAGACUGACCGACUGACUGACCGACUGACGGACUGAGGGACUGAUUGACUGACUCACAAACUGACUGAAUGUCUGACUGAUUGAUUAUCUGUCUGAGUGAUUGAUUGACCGAUGGACUGACUGAUCGUCCGACUGAUUGACCGACUGACUCACUGACUGACUAACUGACCAACGGACUGUCUGACUGACUGUUGAAGUAAAUGACUAGUUGAUUGUUUGAUUAAUCGGCUGCGUCUCACAGAAACGAGCAAAACACGUCGAGAUCGAAGAAUGAAGUUUGACACCCACCCCUAGCGCAGCCUUGAAAGACAUUUCUCGCUUUCAAUCCAUGCAAAUGUUUUACUUCACUCUUGAAUGUGGUACCCUCUGUAAUAAUGGCAAUUCGUUUAGCUGACCGACUGUUUCUUUCUUUCUUACUGAAGGUUGAUUUAGCAAUGGAUGUAGAGAAAGCUUUGCCCAGAAGAAUUCGGAAGCGGCUUGUACCAGAAACGGAAGUCGUUCGACCAAACCAGUAUGAAGGGUUCAAAGGUUACUGGUACAGUCCCCCCAUCUCUGCAAAGGAAGUCCAAGAAGCGUUGAAGCCGAACAAGGUAAGUGCAAAUUAAUCCAUUUGCAACAAGAAAGGAUCAAGCUGAGAUACUUAAUUCUGCUUGUAAUACUUGUAAUAAUAUCCAUAAUUUUUGUGGUUUUACCUUUCAUUUUUGGGAGAUCCCCUUAUGGAUCCAGAAAUAACCGAUCAUGUCCCGUGGGGCGUAAUUUUGCCGGCAACUGAAGAAUUCGAGUCACAUUCAAGGUUCAUGUGAUAUGAUUAAGGGGGUGUCAAGAUACCUUGAGUCUAGAAAAAACUUGAGUGGGAUCACAGAGUGCACUUCGAUAAGUGUCUUAAAACCAAAGGGAUAACAACAGCCAAUCAUAACAAACUAUGAAGCGCGGGAAAACGCCAUUGAUCAGAUCGCAGUUUCUUUUAGUUUUCAAUCUGAUUGGUUGAGAAUUUCCGUGAGUUUUUUGGGCCAAUCACAGAGCGGAGAUAGCCAAACUAAAACAAUCCUGCUUCUCGUGUUUUUUGACAAUCAUUUGAAAAUUUCUCUACAGACAAAUUCACUCCCCAAUUUUUAUUCUCCCUCGGUGAAGGGCAAAAUGCAUCAAAAUUUGAUCAUUAUUUUGCAUGGUUAUUUAUCUUUCCACGAAAAUGGCUGAGUAACCGGAAUAGUUGGAGUAUUUAGGCUUCAUAUUUAGACUGAGGGUGAGAGUGAAUUUUAUCACAAGAGGACUGUUUUGAUGAACGACUAAUAUUUCGCCAUCAAGAGCAGGCUCAUGGUCACAGUCAGGCGGGAGUUUUUCUUAAAAUGGAAUUGAGAACUCAGAAAAAAGAAAUAGUGUAGAACAGUUGCUCUCUGCAGGGAGACUUGUACUCACUUCUUUGGUAUUUGACUCUCAACUUAAACCUCUGACUUUUGAUUUUCCUUUGCUGCUAUCUUGUUGUAGUCGUCCCUUGAAGUGUUGUCAGACCGAACGGAUGAACUCCAAGAGUCUGUGUUAGGAAUGAGGAAUCGCUUGAAAACAAUGCAGUGUAACCUGGAGGGGUUACAUAAGAUGCUGGCGGGAGUCGUCAAGAAACUUGAUGCCAACGUCGAAGGAGACGACGAUGAAGACGAUAAGUUGUUUUAG